GGGGUGUGAGGUUGAAGAAUAAAAGGGCUGGGAGCUGAAGGCAGCUCCAUCCUCCUGACGGACUCAUCCUCCCGCCGCAGGCUGCAACAACACACAACAGUCACCAUGAUGCUCUUAUCGCUCCUCUCGGUGUUCUUGCUGCCGCUGCGCAGCGCUCAGGUGGCCGGAGCCGCCUCCCCUCUCCUGACCUUCGAAGACACGGACCCUUUAACCGGCGUGACCGUGCAGUGUGACCUCUGUCCGCCGGGGAGAUACCUGCGCGCCAGCUGCUCGUCCACGCGCAAGAGCGACUGCGCCCAGUGUCCGCCGGGCUCCUUCACCGAGCUGUGGAACUACAUUCCAAGGUGCCUCCGCUGCUCCGUGUGCGGACACGACCAGGUGGUGAAGAGCGAGUGCACGCCCAGCAGGGACUGCCAAUGCCAGUGCAAACCGGGCUACUACUUCAAAAAGGACAGCGACAUGUGCGCCCGCCACAGCGAGUGUCCGUCCGGGCAUGGAGUGCUGACCGCAGGUACACCUGAUCACAACACAGUGUGCCAGGUUUGCUCCAAUGGCACCUUCUCCAACACUUCCUCUGCUCAACAUAACUGCACAGAGCACAAGACGUGUAGCGGUGCAGGGCUGAUACUGGUGCUGAAGGGCUCCAGCUGGCACGACAGUCUGUGUGCAAACUCUGCAGACCCCAAAGACGGAGCCGAAUACCUCCGAGAAAUCCUGCCCGCUUUCUUCCUUCACCACAAACUUAACGUGAAGCGGCUGCGUAGAAUCGUGAACAGGCUCCUGCCACAGGACGGCAGGAGACACGUAGCAGCGGACCUUAACACCUCCGAGCUUCAUGCGCGUAUCAACUCGUGGGCUGCCUCUGCGACACCAAGCCAGAUCCGGCAGCUUCUGUCGAUACUGAUCAAAACCGGGACCAAUGGAGCAGAAAGGCUAAAGAACAGGCUGGACAGAAUUGAGGCUAAUCUUAGAGAGCAUUCCAGUAUAGGGAACGAGGUGGGUGUUUAAUGACGUCGUAGACUAGAGAAUAUGUAGUGCAACAACUUUGACUGGUCUUGAGUUCAUUUAAGAAGGUUUUUCUCUUGUGUAGUUUAAAUAGUAGCCCUAUUUGAGAUGUACUCUCAAUGCUGCCGCUGGUCCAUUUCGAAUAGUUAAAGAAGAAACCCGGUGAAUCCAAGAAACAUUCUUACGUACUUCUAUCAUCAUGCUCAUUUAGCAUUCUGCCUUUUUCACUUUUUUUAUAUCCUCCUGCUUUUUCAUACAAUGAUCCAAACAAUCCAAAAAUGAUUUUGCCACCAAGCUUGACAUUCAGUCCUGUAUUUCCAAAUGAAUAAAUGUUAUAACCCAUAGUUCCAGGGAAGCAUGCUUUGCGGGAUGUUUAUGAUGCCAUGUGUAGAUCUUUUGCUGUCUAGCUCUAGUCAUGUUUGCUGCAGAACAACAAUGCUUGCUACUGCAAGAACUACUGAAUUCCAAAACACAAGUUCCUUCUGUCUUGUGUUUGGGAGCAAGAGAACCUACAGAAUCAACACACAAUAUUCAGAAAAGAAGGUAUUAACCUUUGAAGAACAGAAGGUGUUGACCCACAGUAUAUCUACCUCUUCAUAUGCCUGCAGUUAAAAGUCAAUGUUGCAUUGAUUCUGCUUAUUUCAAACGAUUUAUAGUUUUAUGUAACAGUUUGAGUUGUGAGCGGAGGUCUUUAAUUUAUUUUUGCUAUAUUUAUACAUGCAAUAGUUGUUGUGUUUGUUAUUUUUUUACCUAAAGAAUGAGUAGCAUUUUAUGCAGGUCAUGUUGCUCUGAAUAAUGUACCAAUAAAAAUGACUUAGCAUACAA